CGCUCAGUCGCCCCUUACCGGCCGCAGGGAGGCAACCCGCAGCGCAAACCACUGUCCUGCUGUGCUACGUAACAUCGCUCGACAUGUAUGGUUUCGUGAACUACGCUCUGGAACUGCUGGUACUGAAAACGUUUGGCGAGGAAACAUGGGAAAAAAUAAAGAAAAAUGCCGACGUGGUGAUGGACGGCCAGUUUCUGGUUAGACAGAUCUACGAAGACGAGGUGACCUACAACCUCAUCGGCGCCGCUGUUGAAGUACUGAAGAUUCCUGCUAACACAAUACUGGAACUCUUCGGGAAGAUGUUUUUCGAGUUUUGCCAGGAUUCCGGGUACGACAAAAUCCUGCAAGUUCUUGGAGCCACUCCUCGAGAUUUCCUACAGAACCUGGACGCGCUGCACGACCACCUGGGCACGCUGUACCCGGGCAUGAGGGCGCCGUCGUUCCGCUGCACGGAGCGGCCCGAGGACGGCGCGCUCGUGCUGCACUACUACUCCGACCGGCCGGGGCUCGAGUACAUCGUCAUCGGCAUCGUCAAGACGGUGGCCAGCAAACUACACGGCACCGAGGUGGAUGUGCAGAUUCUUCGUACCAAGGAAGAAUGCGACCACGUGCAGUUCCUCAUCACAGAGCAGUCCGGACCGGGCAAAGUGGCUGCCCCAGAGGUGCACGAGGAUGACACGCUGUCACUUGAUCCCAAGGUGUCUCCGGCGACGUUCAGCCGCGUGUUCCCCUUCCACCUGAUGUUUGACCGCGAGCUCCGCAUCGUGCAGACCGGCGCCACCAUCGCCCGCGUCAUGCCCAGGACUCGAAGGACGGACUGCAAAGUCACGGACAUCCUCGACACGGUCAGGCCUCACCUUGAGCUGACGUUCGAGAACAUACUGUCCCACAUCAAUACGGUGUACGUGCUCAAGACGCGACCUGGCGUGAUGCAAGUCGACCAGCACGCCGUCGCUCCAGAGUAUUCUCACCUGCGGCUGAAGGGGCAGAUGGUGUACAUCCCAGAAACAGAUCUGGUUAUUUUCUUAUGUUAUCCGAGUGUAAUGAAUCUGGAUGAUUUAAUAAGGCGCGGGCUCUUCAUCAGCGACCUGCCCCUGCACGACGCCACCCGCGACCUGGUGCUCAUGUCCGAGCAGUUCGAGGCGGACUACAAGCUGACGCGGAACCUCGAGAUCCUCACCGACAAGCUGCAGCACACCUACCGCGAGCUGGAGGCCGAGAAGCAGAAGACGGACAGGCUGCUGUACUCGGUGCUGCCGCCCAGCGUGGCCAACGAGCUGCGCCACCGGCGGCCGGUGCCGGCUCGCCGCUACGACUGCGUCACGCUGCUCUUCUCGGGCAUCGUCGGCUUCAGCGACUACUGCGCCGCCAACACGGACGCCCGCGGCGCCAUGAAGAUCGUCUGCAUGCUCAACCAGCUCUACACCGCCUUCGACGUGCUCACCGACCCCAAGAGGAACCCCAACGUCUACAAGGUGGAGACGGUGGGCGACAAGUACAUGGCGGUCAGCGGGCUGCCCGAGCCGUGCGAGACGCACGCCCGCUGCAUAGCGCGCCUCGCGCUCGACAUGAUGGACCUCAGCCAGGAGGUGCGCGUCGACGGGCAGCCCGUGCAAAUCACGAUCGGCAUCCACUCUGGGGAGGUGGUGACUGGCGUGAUCGGGCACCGCAUGCCGCGCUACUGCCUCUUCGGCAACACCGUCAACCUGACCAGCCGCACCGAGACCACGGGCCAGCCCGGCCGCAUCAACGUCUCAGAAGAUGCCUACAGGUACCUCAGCGAGGGCUGCAACGCCGAUCCACAGUUCCACUUGGAGUAUCGAGGUCCUGUUACAAUGAAGGGCAAGUCGGAACCCAUGAAAGUCUGGUUCCUCUCACGUAGCAAGGAAGUCAUUGUUUAGUAGUAUAAUUCGCUGGUUUAAGACCUGUUACCACCUUUAGAAACUCCAAGGCUGGCGUGAAACAAGUUGUUCCUCACCUCAAACUACCUUGUUUACACUCAUGAUUUUGGUAUAUUUGCUAUAAUUACUUAUUUUGCAGAUUAUAUCACAUUUCUAAAACAAAGGUUGUGGUUCCGAUGCAUUAAAAAUAUGUAUCGCUGACUUCUCUUCAUCUACAUUGACCUUGUAAAGGUGGGAAAGUACAAUCGCAAGACUUAGUGUUGAUUUUCCGGACAGGAAAACUUAUUAAAUAACGUUAAAACGUUGUAGCUUAAAUUUAAAUAAUUUGCAAAGCUUGCUAAUUUCAAAAUGUACAAGGAAACGCUCGUUGUGUAAUCACUGUUGCCAGUCUCAAGCACCAAUUCAAAAUGAGUAAAGCAGUAUGGCACACAUAUGUCGUCGUGAGAGGAUUGUUUUAAAUGUAAAGAUUUGACGCCUGUUGAUUGAGUAAUAUGCAGCAGGAGAGUCUACAUUUUUCCUACCAAUGCCUGCAUCAUGCGGCUGUAUAAGAGACUACAACCGAUACAUCAAUAGGUGGAAAUAGACCUGUCAUCGACUAAGUACUGCUAUCUAAAUAGUUACUCUAAGCUGAAUGUAAUUUAUAAUCUCGCACAAUAACAGAGAGUCGCUUUCCAUCUCAAAAACGUUUCACAGUUGCAGUAUCUCUCUACAUUUGAAUAAGGACCAAUAAUAUUCUGAGAGUUAUGUUAUCAGAAACUUAUAAUCCAAUAGAAAAGUAAAUCUUACUGCUGAUGUACUGUUGUUCAAUAUGUGUUCGUUGUUGACAAAAUUAUGUUCCCUGUAUAUAAGAAAUAAUUUGUACACUAGUCUUGUCAACGAUUAUUUACAUAAUUUUGACUUAAUGUAACGUGAAUAAAUAUUGAUUAGUAUGAAGUUUCUUGACU